AUGUCUCUUCUUCCACGAACUUUAUUCCCAAGUAUCGAAAGAGCUUUCUCUUUACUUGACGAGCCUCUAUUCACAGCAACUCGUCGUUUUCCUUCUGUAUUUCCUACCUUGGCACCACCUACUAUCAGUAAUCGCUUUAGCCCAUCCGUUGAUAUUUCCGAAACAGAUAAAGAUUAUAUCGUCGAAGCUGAAGUUCCUGGUAUGAAAAGAGAGGACUUGUCGGUUGAAUUUCUCGACGACAACACAUUAGUGUUGAAAGGAAAAAUUGAAAGGAAUCGUGGUGGUAGCGCUGCUGAACAAGAGCCACUCAGAAAAGUCGGCGCUGGUCAAGAAGGUGGUGCCGCAGAAUCAACUGAAGUACAAGCUAAAGCAGAUGAAACAACUGAUGUUGGACAACCUCAUUAUUGGUCAAGCGAACGUGUAAUUGGAAACUUCUCUAGGUCGUUCCAAUUCCCCGGUAGGAUUGAUCCAGCAAAGGUGAAAGCUGCUUAUAAAGAUGGAAUUUUGUCCAUCCUCGUUCCUAAAAUUGAGCCUCGUGGAACAAAAAUUAGUAUUGAAUAA